CGAACGUGAACAGGCCAACCGGCCGACAGAGCCCGUGUGGGGCGAAGAAGGAACGGGCGACCCGAUGGAGCCCCGACCGUUCCUCGAAUGGUUCAGCGAGAACCAGCAGCAGCAACGCCAGGCCCAGCAAGAGCAACAGGCCCAACUAGUCCAACAGCUGACCACGCAGUUCCAGGAACAUCAGAGGCUGCUGAUCCAAGAAUUAGCAGCCCAACAGGAGCGGUGGCGGCAGACAGUGGAGAGGCGAUGGGGAACCCCGGUCGGAGCACCGGGGACAUCGGGCGAAGGACCCAACUUACCCCUGCGCCUGACGAAGUUGGGACCUCAGGACGACCCAGAAGCAUUUUUAACGACUUUUGAAAGGGUGGCGACGGCUGCCCGGUGGCCGCCGGACCAAUGGGCGACACUGUUGGCCCCCUACUUAAGCGGACCCGCCCAACUCGCCUACCGCAGCCUGGCCGUAGCGGAUGCCUUGAAUUACCCGAAGGUCCGCGAGGCGAUUCUAGAUCAGGUGGGGCACUCCCCCGAGACUUGCAGGCAGAAGUUUCGGCAGGAGGUGUUUAGAGGUGGCGACCGGCCUCGGGCGGUAGCCCAGCGACUAAAAGAAUGGGCCAACCGGUGGCUAGAGCCCGAGCACAAGACGGGCAGCCAGGUCUCAGAAAUGGUGGUGAUGGAGCAGUUCAUCCACAUUUUACCGAGGGACGGGCAAAGGUGGGUCCGCCGGAACCAGCCCGCAACGCUCAAUGAGGCCGUCACGCUGAUGGAAGCCCAUCUCCUCGCGGAGAGGGAAGAGGGCGGCGCCGGACGGGCCAACCCGCCCACCCCGAAGGUAGGGGGGUCCCGGCCCCAGGGGAAGCCUCCAGGGGGAGAACCCUCAUCAGGGGGGCGCAGGGGACGCGAUACCCCCCCCCGGUUGGCCCCGGUCUGGCCCCGGCCCCCGCCCGAGAGAACAGACGCGGAGCGACGACCCGAAGGGGGGCCACGGGAGGUCCGUCAAGGAGGAAGAGGGCCCUGCUUCCAGUGCGGGCAGGAGGGGCAUUUUAAGCGGGAAUGCCCCUUAAUGGACUGCACCCUAAGCCAGGGGGCCGCAGCCGAGCCCCGGGAGGACGGGGGAACCAGAGGGGGUCCCUUGGUCCAUCGAGUAUGGCUCGAGGGCCGCCCCGUUCAGGCAUUGGUGGAUUCGGGCUCCACCGUCACCCUUGUGAGGGCCGACCUCGUCCCACCCGGACACCCAGAAGGCGAACCCGUGUGGAUGAGGUGCGUCCACGGGGACGUGAAGGCAUACCCCACGGUCCAACUCCGCCUGACCGGAGGGGGACAGGACCGGGUUUGGCCGAUAGGGAAGGCCAAAACCUUGCCGUACCCCGUCCUCAUCGGCCGUGACUGGCCCGGGUUCGAGCUGUUCCUAAAAGGACAGGACCCUCCGGCGGAGGAAGGAGGCCGAGGGGGGGUGGCUGGCGACUUGACGCCGGCAGCAGCAGAGAAGGAGAGAGCGAUCUGCCUGGAGCUCGAGACAGCGCCGGACUUCCUGACCGAGCAACGGAUGGACCCCACCCUCCAACAUGCCUGGGACCAAGCGGGCACCCCUGACGAGCAAAGGCAGGGCGAAGAGAGGGCACCGCAGGGACCACAGUUCCAGUGCGAGAGGUCCCGCAAGCCUCCACGGGUUUCUCCCCCUUUGAGCUGCUGUACGGCCGCCGGUGCCGUGGGAUUCUGGACCUCCUGAAGGAAGGAUGGGAGAACCAGGCUUCUACUGGACGAGGGACAGUGCAGUACAUUACGCAGCUCCGGGAGAAGCUGAGCCGGCUGGGGGAGUACGCCCGACGGAACCUGGAAGACGCCCAACAUC